AUGGCCGCCAGUCGGUCCUUUGCUCGUUCUCUCCCCGCUCUCCGCGCUGCUUCUCCCCGCACGGCCGUAGCCACCGUCUCUUCCGCCAGGAUAGCAGCUUCAUCCGCAGCGCGGUCGCUGUCGACUUCCUCAGGCUCCUCUUCUUCAGUAUUGUCUUCUCAGCGGGCUUCUGCAGCAAUGUCAACAUCAUCAUCGUCCUUUGUUGCUACCCGCAGACUACACGCCACGGCGCAGCAGCUCGCCCCCGCAACCACUUCCGCGGCUACAACCGCCACCGAAUACCCGACGGAUCACACGCCGAUCGCCAACCCCAUUGAUACCACCAACUUCAUUGAUAACGAGUUUUUGUCUUCCAAGGCAACCACAUGGAUUGACCUCCAUGAUCCCGCUACCAACAAUCUCGUCACCCGCGUGCCUCAAAGCACCGAUGAGGAGCUACGUGCCGCUGUUGCCUCCGCGGAAAAGGCGUUCCCUGCCUGGCGGGCAACCAGCAUUAUCGCCAGGCAGCAGAUCAUGUUCAAGUUUGUCAACCUCAUCCGUGCAAACUGGGACCGUCUCGCAGCGUCCAUCACCCUCGAGCAGGGUAAGACCUUUGCCGAUGCCAAGGGUGACGUCCUUCGCGGAUUGCAAGUUGCAGAGACCGCUUGUGGCAUCACCACCCAAUUGACCGGCGAAGUCCUCGAAGUCGCCAAGGAUAUGGAGACUAGAAGCUACAGGGAGCCCCUGGGAGUCGUUGCAGCUAUUUGCCCUUUCAACUUCCCCGCAAUGAUCCCUCUUUGGUGCAUUCCUAUCGCAACGAUUACCGGUAACUGCAUAAUCCUGAAGCCUUCGGAGCGGGACCCCGGGGCUGCCAUGAUUCUGGCUGAGCUGGCCCGGGAGGCCGGCUUUCCUCCGGGUGUGAUCAACAUCGUCCACGGCUCUGCCAAGACCGUUGACUUCAUCCUCGACGAGCCAGCCAUUAAAGCAAUCAGCUUCGUUGGUAGCAACCAUGCAGGUGAAUACAUCUACACCCGGGGCUCUGCCAAUGGUAAGCGUGUCCAGGCCAACCUGGGUGCGAAGAACCAUGCUGCGGUGCUGCCCGACUGCAACAAGAACCAGACCCUGAACGCCAUCGUCGGUGCUGCCUUCGGCGCCGCUGGACAACGGUGCAUGGCCCUGAGCACAGUUGUCAUGGUCGGAGAAACCAAAGAAUGGCUUCCCGAGAUGGCGGAGCGAGCCAAGGCUCUCAACGUCAACGGCGGUUUCGAAGAGGGUGCCGAUCUCGGCCCUGUCAUCAGCCCCGAGAGCAAGAAGCGCAUCGAAGACUUGAUCGCCAGUGCCGAACAGGAGGGUGCCACCAUCCUUCUGGAUGGCAGGGGCUAUAAGCCUGAGAAGUAUCCCAACGGCAACUUUGUCGGCCCAACUAUCAUCACCAACGUGACGCCUGAAAUGAAAUGCUACAAGGAGGAAAUCUUCGGCCCCGUCCUCGUCUGCCUCAACGUCCCCACACUGGACGACGCCAUUGAACUCAUCAACAAGAACGAGUAUGGUAACGGAGCCGCCGUCUUCACUUGCUCCGGCUCGACCGCCUCGCGCUUCCAGAAGGACAUUGAGGCCGGCCAGGUCGGCAUCAACGUCCCCAUCCCCGUCCCUCUGCCCAUGUUCUCCUUCACCGGCAACAAGAAGAGUAUCGCCGGUGGCGGUGCCAACACCUUCUACGGCAAGCCCGGCCUGCAGUUCUACACCCAGCAGAAGACCGUGACCAGCCUGUGGCGCAGCGAAGAUGCCAUUAGCACCAAGGCCCACGUUGUGAUGCCCACGCAUUCAUGA